AUGGAACGGCUUGAGCGUGACCGAGAACGGGACAGAAGUGUGGGUGGUGGAACUGGUGCCGCCAGCAGCGGACGUAUCAAACACUCAAAGAAACGAUCCCGUAAAAGUAGCAAGAAGUCCAAAAGGAAACGACACCAAUCGGCUUCGGAUGUUGAAGAAUUGUCUUCCCCUUCGUUCGGUGAGGAAGCGAAACGAUACACGCGAUCACACAAGGAUGCGUACGACGAUAGCAGUGGCGAAUUGGAAGGUGUGCAUGCCGAGCACCGCACUACCCUAUCCGGUAGCAAAUCCGGCGUAGAGUAUUCCGACGUCAGUUCGGACGAUUUUUCCGCCCCCGAAGCGGGUGAAAUCGAAACGGACGUGUCGGGUGCGGCGGAAGGCGACGGUGUGGUAGUGGAUAAUGGCGAUGACUCGUUUAUCAGCGGUGACGAUGAAGCGGACGAUAUGGGCAGAAGCAAGAAAAGUAAAAAUAGUAAGUCACGGCACCGCCAUCGGCACCAUCGACACAAGAAGUCGUCGCUUGUGGACGGUCACUGCAAGAGCAGUUCCCAUCGGUCCAGCUCGAAGCGUUGGAAGCGAACACCGCAGUCAAAAAGAGGCGAAAUGGAGGGGCGAAGCCGAACACCAUCGUUGCCCGAUGUGGUGGAUCUGAACCGGGUGGGGUCGUUGGCAGAAACAAAAGCUGCCAUUGCCACCUCUUCCAUCAGUGGCUCGUCCAACCGAUCGAAAAGGAUCAACUCGAUAUCGUCCGAUACCUCAUCCAUGAAGUAUCGAAUGCAGAAAAAACGAUCGAAACUGAACGAUGAGCAACAAACGGUCGCCGAAAAUCCGUUGGCGGAUGAACAGGACGGAGAGCGAACUAAAGACGGCGAUGGGAGCGUCGAAGCCGAUGGAAGAGUGGACGAAGUGGACGGGAAUGGAGGCGGCACUGGUACGGAAGAGUUGGACGAUGAAAAUGAGGAAGAGGAAGAAGAUGAAGAUGAGGAGGAUGAAGACGAUAUCAACAAUGAGGGACAGUCGGUCUCUAGCAGGAAGCGGAUCAAGAAAAGCAAGAAGGAUAAAAAGCACAAGCGGAACAAAAAGGCAAAGAAGCGGAAGCGAAAACUGCGCACCAAAUCGAUUUCGAGCGUUGAGACGAUCUCGGAGAGCGAAGACUCGCUGCUAGUAUCAAUGACUCCGCCGCUGAAGCAGUCGCCCCUCUAUCGAGUUGGUAGUCGCGAGGGUAGCAAAUCAUACACGCCGGUACACAACGACACCAGUCUUACGCCAGUCUCGCCAGGGACUCCUCCGCUGCAAGACCAUCAUCAUUCAACGCGCCACUCGCUGAACAGUCCAUACGACAGUCAUCAUGAUGCCGCUGGACGAAGCCGUAGUCCGCUCGAACGAGAUAUUGACCAUGAUCGCGAACGGGAUCGUGAUCGUGAUCAUCGCGACCGGGAACGGGAUCGUUCGUCGAAUGCUGGCGGCAGCGGUAGCGGCCGCAAAAUGUACAUUACAUCUUCCCCUCAUACACCACCUGUCGCCAUGCAUAAGAAAAACUCAUCGUCGUACCAUGAUCGUUCGCUCCAGCAGCACCCGAGUAGUCCAAUCGAUCUUGACAGUCCACCGCCACCGGCGCUGCGUCACACGCGGAGCAGUAGCCAUCGGGAUAGCAGUCGGCGGCGCAGUCAAUCAAACGAUCGAAGAUACAGCGCCAGAAGAACACCUUCGCCAAAUUCUCGACACAAACCACACACUCCUCCACCUACUAAACGGCGGCGAGACAGAUCACCCCCGGAGAAGGAUUACUAUCGGAAAUCGGACAGCCGUAGCUACAGCAAGCGAGAAAGGGACUGGGAUGAUCGCCGUGGCAAUGAAUCCCAUAAACGGUUCCUGAGCAGAACUCCAAGCCCAAGCAGUAACCGACGAUCGCGCCGUACACCAUCACCUGCCUCUACGAGCAGGACUAGAUCUUCGCGAAAGGGCGGAUACUAUAGCCCGUCGCCGGAACGGAGCACCGGGGGCAGUAGCAGCUAUGUUUCUUCCCGCUCGAGGCAUCGUUCGCGAAGCCCGCGACGUUCGCCCCUCUCAUCAUCCGCUAGCAAGCGUUACUCUAGCAGCAGAUCCCGCUCACCGCAGGUGCCUUCAGCAAAAAAGAUGGACCUACAGAAGAAAAUCACGGAUACCAGCUUCUUCGCAGAACUGAUCAAAGACAAACACAAGCGCAAUAAAACGCUGCAAGAGAUUUUGGAAAACAAGAAGAAAAAUGAUGCAUCGUCUGCUGGUGGGGGUGCCGCUAACGAUGGCGUAACGCCGGACGGCGAGAGUCUGAAGAGCGAUGGCAACAAUGGUACCUCGAACUCGCUGGAAGCUUCCAAUGCGAAUGGAAUAAAGGAAAGGAACCCAGAGUCGAUGGCAAACGUUACCGAUAUUCCAAUGCCGGAGUCGGCGGAACAUUCAUCCCGCAGCGAUCAAACCGAUGGCCGAGCGGUUGCACAUUCUGCGAACUGUUGUGACAUUAGCAAUGGCAGCAAUAGUAAUUUGGUUCCCGAUUCACGAAUACCUGUGAUAACGAACAAUGCAGUGCACCAUCAUUCUCAUCACUGCCCUGCAGCAACCUUCUCCGGUACGACCUUCAGCAAUCUAGCGCACGUAGAAACGAAUGCUGAACCAAUGAUGCCGGCGGCACAUGGCUCCGAGGCGGGCAACAGCAACACAAGCAGCGGCAUCGCACCAACGAAGCCAAAAAGUCUUACCAAUCUGCCGAUGCCGCCCGGCGUUAAUGUGGCCGAUCUGGAAGGUGCCCAAACGCCAAGCCCACCGGGACCAAUCAGCCCGGUCGCUGCAGUGAGUACGAUGAAAAUUAUGCCCAUUCCUACACUGACGACUACCGGUGCCGUACCGCUGCCAGUGGCAAACAAUGCCAAACAGCGACCAGACAGUCACGGCAAACCGAACGCAUUGAAUGUGUCCACAUUGGCAGCAGUUCCUUCUAGCGCAGUCACCACUACACCAGCUACCUCGACGCUACCCGUCAGCGGCAUCAAAAAGGGUCUACUCAAUCUACCCAUGCCACCGAUGGUACCGGGAUCGGAGGAUUUAAGUGGCGACGAAGACAUUGGAUCACCCAUAUUGCAGAGCAAUCGUGACCUCACCCAGAACCAAACACAAUCAGGCCAAACCAGUGUCAAUAAUAAUAACAACAGUAGUUUAAACAAUCGGUAUAAAGGAGGUGGCGCUAGUGCGAUUACCGCUGCCGCCUCAGCCAACCAGCCAUCAUCCGGUGCGGGCAAGGUACCAAUGACACGGCCAAGAAUUUUAAACCGGCGCCAUUCGCGCAACAUGACAGCGCCAAUGUCCGCGUCCGGUGGAAAGGACUGGGGCGAACGGUGCGUGGAAGUGUUCGAUAUGCUUGAGCAGAUAGGCGAAGGCACAUACGGACAGGUCUACAAAGCGAAAGAUCAGCAAACGAAGGAAUUGGUUGCGCUCAAGAAGGUCCGGCUAGAGCACGAGAAGGAAGGCUUCCCGAUUACGGCCGUGCGGGAAAUUAAGAUCCUUCGCCAGCUCAACCAUCAAAACAUCGUGAAUCUGCGCGAGAUUGUAACGGACAAACAGGACGCGCUGGAAUUUCGCAAGGACAAGGGUUCGUUCUAUCUGGUAUUCGAGUACAUGGAUCACGACCUGAUGGGGCUGCUCGAGUCGGGCAUGGUGGAUUUCAAUGAGCAGAACAAUGCAAGCAUAAUGCGCCAGCUGUUGGAUGGGUUAAACUACUGUCACAAGAAAAAUUUCCUCCACCGUGACAUCAAAUGCUCCAACAUUCUCAUGAACAACAGAGGUGAGGUGAAGUUGGCAGAUUUUGGGCUCGCUCGGUUGUACAAUGCAGACAAUCGGGAACGUCCGUAUACGAACAAAGUAAUUACGCUGUGGUACCGUCCACCGGAGCUACUGCUUGGCGAGGAGCGCUACGGUCCAGCGAUCGACGUGUGGAGCUGUGGGUGCAUACUGGGCGAACUGUUCCUCAAGAAGCCCCUGUUCCAAGCCAACCAAGAACCCGCCCAGCUGGAAAUGAUAUCGCGGUUAUGCGGUACGCCCACGCCGGCCGUAUGGCCGAACGUCAUCAAGCUGCCCCUAUUCCAUACGCUCAAAUCAAAGAAACAGUACCGUCGUAAGCUGAGGGAGGACUUCGUUUUCAUGCCCACACCCUCGCUCGAUCUACUCGACAGCAUGCUGGUGCUGGAUCCCGAUCGACGCAUCACCGCCGAAGAUGCGCUCAAAUCAAACUGGCUUAAAAACGUUAUACCUGAGCAAUUACCUCCCCCGCAGUUGCCAACGUGGCAGGAUUGUCACGAGCUUUGGAGCAAAAAACGGAGGCGCCAGUUGCGCGAGCAGCAAGAAUCGUCACUCAAUCUUCCACCAGGCAAACCCUCGGGCAGCACAAUCAAGCUGGACGGUAUAACGCUACCCGGUGGACCGACCGGUAUCAAUAUGCUGUAA